AUGAACACUCACAAACCGCUUUCAAAAACGCUGCCAGCCACACCCCAGCUCCUCUGCGCGGCAUUCAACCAGGACCAGGGCUGCUUCGCGAUUGGCCACGAGCUGGGCUUCCGCGUGUACAACGCAGACCCGAUGCAGCUCAAGGUGAAGCGAAACUUUGACGGUGGAAUAGGUAGCGUGGCGAUGCUUCACCGCACAAACUACCUCGCGCUCAUCGGCGGUGGACGAGCACCAAAAUUCCCAGGAAACAAAGUCAUCAUCUGGGAUGACUUGAAGCGCAAGAGUUCGCUCGUGAUUGAGUUCAUGGACCCAGUAAUGCGGGUGCUUCUCUCGAGGAUUCGGAUUGUGGUUGUGGUGAGAAACCGCGUCCACGUUUAUGGCUUUCUGUCACCCCCGAAGCCGUUAGCGGUGUUCGAUACGGCUGAAAAUGGGCAUGGGAUCGCAGACUUGUCCGUGAAUGCAACACCGAGCGACGCAUACCAGAUAUUGGCGUUUCCAGGCCGAACGGUGGGCCAGAUUCAGCUAGUGGACGUCUCGCCAAAGGGUCAGGAACGCAAUCUUGUAAGCUUGAUCAAGGCGCACAAGGCCCCGGUCCGGUGUCUCGUACUCAACCGGCUGGGCACUAUGGUUGCUAGUGCCUCAGAAAAGGGCACGAUAAUCAGAGUCCAUUCCACAACCAACACCUCGUUGCUCCACGAGUUCCGCAGAGGACUCGAUCGUGCGGUGGUGACCUCUAUGGCGUUUUCCCCGAAUGGCUCGAAGCUUGCAGUCUUGAGUGAUAAGCUUACACUCCACGUGUUUAAUGUGAGCUUGAGUGGAGCUAAUAGAAAGCAUGUGUUGAACCGGCUCACGCUCCCGCUUCCACAGUACUUUCAGUCCACUUGGUCGUUUGUGUCCGCGCGUGUCGACGACCACGUUCUGCCGAGUGACGAGGGCGUUCUCGGCUGGUCGGGUGAGGACUGUCUCGUGCUCGUCUGGAAGGCCCAGGGCAUCUGGGAAAAGUAUUGUAUCAUAGAGAAAGACGGGGAUGAGGGCAAGGAGUGGACGUUGGUUAAGGAGGGGUGGCGCGGCUUUGGUGAGUUGGGAUAA